AUGACGGUAUAUGGUCGUCACAAGCUGGCAGGCACACACAUACUGCUUCUCGCCUGUGUGGUGGCCUUUGUGCAUUCCAUGGUUGAGUUACUCCUCAACCUCCAGUUGCCCUUCUGUGGGCCCAAUAUGAUUGAUCACUAUUUUUAUGAUGUGAAUCCCCCGCUGAAAAUCGCCUGCACCAACAAGUACUUUGUAGUCCUUGUAGUCCUCUUGGUUAUGGGCAAUACAGGAAUGAUAGCCAUGUUGACCUUUGCGAUGUUGCUUAUUUCUUACAUAGUCAUAUUAGUUUCUCUAAGAACAUGCUCCCCUAAUAGUCGGUGCAAAGCCCUGUCCACCUGCAGUUCACAUGUGAAAAGAAGAAAUCACUGUGAGCUAUUUGGCUAUUUCAUGGAGAAAACAGAAAGUGAAAACUCAGCCUUUGCCACUGCUCAAGUUAAAAUGUUCAUGACAGAUAGCAUAACAGGUUCUGUGCCAACAUGA